AUGCCACCGAUUGGACAUCCACUACGUGCUCGGGCCAUUGGCCUGUACAAAGAGCUUCACCGCCUGGGGCGGGAGUACCCUGAUCCGAACUACAACUUUAUUCCGAAGCUCCGUGCGAUGUUUCGUAAAAAUGCUCACCUCACCGACCCGAAGGAGGUAGAGAGUAAGUUGGCCCUCGCCGAGUUUGUGAAGAAAGAAACGGAGACUCUGUACAAAUUGAAAAAGUAUAGAACACUUCGUCGGCGCUAUAUAGAAGACACGUAG